UAGCUGUCCCAGCUGUACCCCUCUCCCCAUCCCCUUAUCUCCCUGCCGAGCGACGCCACCCAUCCCGCUGCCGAGCGCCCGAGCCCCCUAGCUCGUCUUCCUCCUCGCUCGAGCGCUGUGCCGUGCUCUGAUUUCUUCGUGCUGUGCUCUGUCCCAUCCAGGAGAUGCACGACGGCGAUGGCGGCGCCGUGCAAGCGCAAGCCUGCGCGACGUGCGCCAAGGGGCACGCGUGCCAGGCCGUGGUGUCCCGGACGCGGGAGAUGCGCGCCCUGAUCGACGAGAAGAAGCCCCACCAGGCGCACGCCGUGUUCGCGCAGCUCGCCGGCGAGGGCCACCGGCCGUCGCUGGUGACGUACACCACCCUGCUCUCCUUGCUGACGAGCCAGCGCGCCUUCGAGCGGAUCCCGGCGCUUCUCGCGGACAUCGAGGCCGCCGGCCUGCGCCCGGACCCCAUCUUCUUCAACGCGCUCAUCAACGCCUUCGUGGAGGCCGGGCGGAUGGGGGAAGCCACCAGCGUGUUCUGGAAGAUGAGCCGGCACCACCCGGGCUGCCGGCCCACGGUCUCCACCUUCAACACGCUCAUCAAGGGCUUCGGCAUCGCGGGCCGGCCCGAGGAAUCCCAGCGCAUCUUCGACCUGAUGACGGCGUGGGUCAGGCCGAACCUGACGACGUACAACAUCCUGGUGAAGGCGUGGUGCGACCAGCGGCGGAUGGAGCAGGCGUGGGCCGUGGUGGGCCGGAUGCGGCCCGCGGCGGUGGAGCCCGACGUGGUGACGUACAACACGCUGGCCAGCGCCUACGCCAAGAACGACGAGACGUGGCGCGCCGAGGAGCUCGUGGUGGUGGAGAUGGCGCGGGCCAGGCUGCGCACCAGCGAGCGCACAUGGGGCAUCAUCGUCGGGGGCUACUGCAGGGAAGGCCGGCUGGAGGAGGCGCUCCGGUGCGUCCGCCAGAUGAAGGACGCCGGCGUGGGGCCCAACGUCAUCGUCUUCAACACCCUCCUCAAGGGCUUCCUCGACGCCAACGACGCCGCCGCCGCCGCCGAUGUUCUCGGGCUGAUGGAGCAGUUCGGGAUCAAGCCGGACAUCGUGACCUACAGCCACCAGCUGAACGCGCUCAGCUCGCUGGGGCACAUGGCGAGGUGCGCCAAGGUGUUCGACAGAAUGCUGGAGGCCGGGAUCGAGCCGGACCCGCAGGUGUACAGCAUCCUCGCCAAGGGCUACGUGCGCGCGCAGCAGCCGGGGAAGGCGGAGGAGCUCCUGCAGCAGAUGGGCCGCCUCGGCGUCCGCCCCAACGUCGUGACAUUCACCACCGUCAUCAGCGGCUGGUGCAGCGUCGCCGACAUGGACAACGCCACGAGGGUCUACGACAAGAUGCGCGGCGCCGGCGUCCGCCCCAACCUCAGGACGUUCGAGACGCUCAUCUGGGGGUACAGCGAGCAGAAGCAGCCAUGGAAGGCCGAGAAGGUCCUCCAGAUGAUGAAGGAUGCCGGCGUCAGGCCCAAGCAGAGCACCUACAGCCUCGUUGCCGACGCAUGGAAGGCUGUCGGCAUCGUCGAGAACGCCAACCGGGCACUUGGUUCCCCCGAUGAUUGUCGCCGCCGCAAUGUCAGUGAUCACGACGAGCCGGGCCGUCAUUCGGAUGAUGAAAUUGACAGGCUGCAAAGAUUCGGGAGAACCGAUGAGCAGGCAAAGAGUGAUCCGUCGAAUUCAAGUUUCCUGCAGGUGACAAGCGCGCUAGGGACAGGCAAGACUGGAAAGUCUGCAUCGCCGCCGGCAUCAUUCUGGCGAUUGUGUCAGCUUCGAAUGCGAUCCCCGGGGUUUUGCAGGAAUCAAUGGCAGAAGCAGUGUGUAUUCUACGGUCAGAACAUCCCCUCACUCAAGGCAGUAGUAUUCCUCAAUUAGAGGCCAUGUUGUUCUGUUCAAGUAACAUGUAGACUGUCCAGAACCCUGUAAAACACAAUUCUUCCCGAUUUUUCCCACAUCUCCUGACCUUAGAUGCUGGUCAUUUCUGUAUGAUCGUGCACAUACAUUGGUCUUGUGCUUCGCCAUUUGGAAAGCUGACUCAAACAUCUGAUGCAAAGCAACUAUAUCUGUAUGCACAGCUUGCCCCAUAA